UAAAAAAAACAAAAAAAGUUUCUACGGGUCCAAAUGGGUUGAGAAGUUUAGAGGAACGGUUCUUUUAGGGUUCUUUACCUCAACCACGGGUUCACUGAGCGACACCCCAAUCUCCAGUUCUCCACCCUCUCCGGCCUCCGCCAUCUCCUCCGCCACAAACCCCCCACCCUCCGCCGGCAUCUCCGCUUUAUCACACUCCGCCGAUCAAGACGACGCCAUUCGCCAUCUCAAAAAUUCAAUUGUUUCCAGAUUACAAGGCCUAAAGCGGAAGCUAAAAUUUUCAAAUUACUUGACACCUGCACCAAUGGCGAUUUCUUCGUUGGCUGCUUUCUCGGUAUCCAAAACCCUAAUGAAAACAUCAACGUCCGUUCCAAGAUUAACAAUGUACAAUCACCUCAACAUAACCCACAACCAUCUUAGAUCAACGGUUCUUAAACCGAAACCCCCUCUGGCUUUCAUCUUCAAAGCACACACACCAAAAUCACUGACCUGCAACAGCUACCAACGGAACCAGAUAAAAUCCCUCUUCACAGGAAUCGUUGAAGAAAUGGGAGAAGUCAAGCAACUGGGUUACGACGAAUCCGGCCAGUCAUUUGACAUGGUAAUCCAUUCCCCAACCGUCCUGCAAGACGUCAAUCUCGGCGACAGCAUAGCCGUAAACGGGACUUGUUUAACCGUCACAGAGUUCGACACCCAACGAUUGGAGUUUAAAGUCGGGUUGGCCCCGGAGACUUUAAGAAAAACGUCGUUGAUCGAAUUGGAAAAGGGUUCGGUUGUUAAUUUAGAGAGGGCGGUGAAACCGUCGACUCGAAUGGGCGGGCAUUUUGUGCAGGGGCAUGUGGAUGGAACAGGGGAGAUUGUUUCGAUGGAACCGGAGGGGGAUUCGUUAUGGAUUAAGGUGAAAACGUCGCCGGAGAUUUUGAAGUUUAUAGUGCCGAAAGGUUUUAUUGCGGUGGAUGGGACUAGUUUGACUGUGGUUAACGUAUUUGAUGAAGAGGAGUGUUUUAAUUUCAUGUUGGUUGAGUAUACGCAGCAGAAAGUUGUGAUUCCGUUGAAGAAAGUUGGGCAGAAGGUGAAUUUGGAAGUGGAUAUAUUGGGAAAGUAUGUUGAGAGGCUUCUUAGCAGUGGAUUUGUGGACAAUAUCAAAUCAAGAUGAUCGUAUAAUCAUCUUGAUAUCGUUGUGAUUUUAGUUGAUCAAAUUUGAGGUACUCUUUUUCAGUUUUUAGUUUUAAUUUGAGCCAAAAUAUAUGUGUAUUACGCUAUCUGCAAUCUUGUGUUGAUGAUUAUAAGUUUUUUUGUCUUGA